GUAGUAAGCAAAUGAAACUACAGGUCAGUCGAGUGGAAGCUCUUCCUAACAGCACUCAUUCGAGCUAGAAUGGAUUUAAAAGAGUUCGAAGCGUAUCGGUCCCCGAUGAAGGAUUUUUAUCGGGAUAAGGUGGUUUUUCUAACGGGUGGAACUGGAUUCUUAGGGAAGCUUUAUAUCGAAAAGCUUAUACGAUGUGGCGUGUCGGAGAUAUUGUUGCUAUCCAGGUCGAAGAAAGGCAAAACGUCUAUGGAGAGAUUGACGACUAUUCUCAGCUCAGAGCCUGUUUUCACGAGAUACCAGGAAGAUCCAGAUCUUUACCAUCAGAAACUCAAGAUCAUCGACGGAGACGUGAGCAAACACCAGUUGGCGAUUAGCAACGAUGACUUGUCCUACAUCAUCAAUAACGCCAACAUCUUCCUUCACGCCGCCGCAGAUGUGAGGUUCGAUGAAUCACUGAAGGAAUCGGUUGAAACCAACAUCCGAGGAACAAGUGAGAUACUGAAGAUUGCAGAGCAGGCCAAAACAAUCGAAGUGUUCAUCUACGUAUCAACGGCCUUCUCGCAAUGUAAUCGUGAUAGUAUUGAGGAAAAAUUCUAUCCAGCCAAGUUUGAUCCUUACAAAUUAAUUGAAUUGGUUGAAAAAGAGGAGGAUGAGGUCAGCUUCGAGGUGAUGGGAAAGAAAAUUAUAGAGCAGUGGCCUAACACGUACGCAUUUACCAAGUCACUGGCUGAGGAGGUUGUUCGUCGCUAUACCGACAAAAUACCAAUUGCGGUGAUCCGCCCAUCAAUUGUUACUACCACCCACAGUGACCCGAUCCCCGGUUGGACGGACAACAUCUAUGGUUUCAACGGAGUGGUUGUGGGAGCAGCCGCUGGUACCCUGCGAAUUUUUCACAUCAACAACGACUACCGAGCGGAUAUUAUCCCGGCGGAUAUUGUCAUCAAUGCCACACUGGCUGUCGCGUGGUACGCCACCGAUCACCGCGAGGAAACCAACAUCGUAAACUGCACCGUUGCCGAUCAUCCACUGACGUGGGGGAUGGUUCGCAACGAGCAGCUAAAAUGGCAGGACAAAAUCCCUUUCCUGGGUGGUUUGUGGAUUACGACGUACAACACGACCAGAUACUACUUGAUUUCGGAGUUCUUGAAGAUUUUCUACCAUAUAAUACCGGCAAUAAUGUUCGACUUUGCCCUCAAACUGAACAGUCAAAAGCCGCGAGUGCUCAAGUUGUACAGAAAGGUUCACAAGUUUUCCGAUGUGCUGCGAUUUUUCACGAACAACGAGUGGAACUUUCGGAACGAUCAGCUGCAUAAAGUGAUUAGCCACAUGACUGAAGACGAUCGGAAGUACUUUUUCUGUGAGAUUCGAAAAAUUGACUGGAAAGAUUUUCUGGCCCAGAAUAUUAUGGGUUUGCGGAUGUACAUUAUGAAGGAAAAGAUGGACAAUCUGGAACAGGCUAUGAAGCAAUACAAGAGGCGGUGUAUGGCGCAUGUGACGAUUCUGGUGGGAUGGUAUUUCCUAGUGGGCUUCGUUGUGUACAAAUUAUUGGAUGUAGCAGGACUACUCAACGUAGCUCAAAGAUUGAUAGCAGAGUACGGAAAGUAGAACUAGAAUGAGCAAAGUGCAAUUUGUAUUCUGAAUAAAUAAUGGAGGAAUUAGACGUGCAGACAUGUUUUGUGACAUUAAAAUUAUUGUGAUCUUGAUCGAAGAAUCUAAAUUGGCUGUCAAUGUAUAUCUCAGUAAGAAUCUUAUUAUGAAUCAUCAAAAUUUAUGAUAAUAAAGACUCAAAAAGACACUG